AUGUAUGGGGGCAAACGAGAUGAAAAAUUAAUUCUUCCUGUGAACUCGUCUUUGAGUGCUACCCUUCAUAUUGAUCAACUGUGCACCACCACGACUAUAGCUGGCAGCAAACACUUCCUUGAAGAUAGACUCUGGCUCAAUGGCAAGGAAGAGUCUUUAGAGAAUCCAAGAAUAAGAACCUGCUUACAAGAGAUUAGGAAAAGGGUUCGGAAGAGGAAGAUAUCGGCCGACGAAUCAUGCCCUGAGGAUUGGAAGCUUCAUAUCUGUUCUGAAAAUAAUUUCCCUACUGCUGCUGGUUUAGCUUCAUCUGCUGCUGGAUAUGCAUGUCUUGUCGCUACCUUGGCACAGGUCUAUGAUGUCCAGGGGAACGUGUCCGACAUCGCCCGUCAAGGCUCUGGGAGCGCAUGCAGGAGUAUGUAUGGGGGCUUUGUGGAGUGGCUGGAUGGGGAAUCUAAUGAUGGCAGUGAUAGUAUAGCUCAACAGGUGGUAGAUGAGACCUACUGGCCGGAGAUGAGAAUCCUUAUACUUGUUGUAAGCGAUCAGAAGAAACACACGAGUAGCACUGCUGGUAUGCAGACUACUGUCGAAACAAGUGAACUCCUUCAGCACAGGGUAACAUUGAUACCAGGAUACAUGGAAACUAUGAGGAAAGCUAUCAGGGAAAGAGAUUAUGAGACUUUUGCUCAACUUACUAUGAAGGACAGCAACCAGAUGCAUGCUGUGUGCUUGGACACCUACCCACCUAUAUCCUACAUGAAUGACACAUCAAGGUCGAUUGUUCAGAUGGUACAUGAUUACAACUCAUUCCACGGAAAAACAAAGGCUUGUUACACAUUUGAUGCUGGUCCCAAUGCAGUAUUGUACAUCCUUGAGGAGAAUGUGAAUGAGGUGCUAUCUCUGAUCCAUCAUAGCUUCCCUCCAUCUGGAGACAAUGUGGAAUACAUCAGAGGACUGGAUAGUAGUGUUCAUGAUAUACCUCAGGAUCUCCAAAGUACCAUGAAGCGAGACCCCAAUCCAGGUGCUCUGAAAUACAUCAUCCACUCCAAAGUAGGACCAGGACCACAGGUAGUGAUAGACCAGGAACUGAGUCUGCUGGACCAAAAUGGAAUGCCCAAGAAACUUGUUAGUUGAUGUUAAAGCUUGUAAAGCUUGUUUUAGUCUUCGGCCUCCACACACCGAAUCUGUUCCAAAUCGCCCUGUCCAAAACUGAAUGAAAUCACCUGUGUAGUGAUUACAUAUGAACUGUUCUGUUUGCCAAGUGGAUACUUAGAAAUGGUGAUUGAUUCAUUUGAACUGUCUCUUUGGAAAAAUGUGCAUCAGCGAUUAAUUUGUCAAAUGUUUCCAUGAACCAUCAUACCAGGCUCUUGACUGUGUUUCGAUGUUCAUUGGGCUUGUUCAUAUCAGUAUCAAAUUUUAUUAAUGUGAUAUUUUCAAUGCGACCAUUUUCUAGAUGCAGGAAGUUUCUGUUCAUAAAUAUAUGCAAAACAUAACUGAAAAAGUAAUAAACAUAGCAUGAAACAAUAAAUGAAAAAUACUUCAUUUCUGUAUUAUGUAUAUAAGGGGGAUGUUCAACAUUCUUGGCAUAGAGGGGCAGGGGCACUUAAAUAAAAUAAAAAAUUGCAGUCUUAUCAAAUACUUGUGAGAACUAAAUAUGUAGUUAUGUUUACACUAUCAAUCAAGAGUGCUUUUUCAAUGAAAGAUCAAUGUAUGUUAUACAUAUUAAGUUGUGCUGUAAAGGAGAUAUUGCUCAAUGCUAACCAUUAGAAAAUUCUCAAUGAAUUAAAAAAUGAUGUGCAUUUCUUUACACAUUCUAAGUACAUGAUAGCGUCAUGAAACUAAAAACUAAAAUCAUGGUCUUUUAUGAAGAAUCGUUCUGCAACUCAUAGACAAAUUGACCUAUUUUUAAAGACCUGUGUAUAAGAAUUACCAGCUAUAACUAAAGAGCAAUACUUCAUAGUAAUGCACAUAUUUAUAUCAAGCAUUUCUUAAAGUAAUAUACAGUGUACGCCUGGAAGUAAACAUCGAUUGAUGAAAUGGCUUGCCGCCGAUCACCAAUGUGCUCCAAUAAAUUACCAACUUUAUAUCAAAAUCAAUGAUUUUGGCUUAAUCAAUCAUAUUUCUAAAGGUUCGCAGCUUCGUCUGCAGCAUGUACCAAGUUCUUUAUUAGAAAUAUAUUGAUAUCAGCAUAUAGUUCACUGAAAUAGUGUUGUCUUAGUACUUUUACACAAUAAUGAUAUUUGUUUUACGCCUGCCCUCCUUCAAUCAUGCCAUUUAAAUUGUUUUUCAUUGCAUCUUGAUUGAAGCCUCUCAUAGUUUAUUGUAUUGAAGUUAAUUAUAUGUUGUAUUUAGGCAAAUAAGAUGCUUGUUCCAAGGAAAUAUGGAUUUAAAAUUCAACUUCAAACGUUAUAAUAGCCUUAAUUUAUAAACUGGCCCUUUGUGUUGUUCUCUUCUUUACAGUUUGUUUGUCUUUACUUCACAUCGUACACUUUUCAUAAUUAUGUUUGUUAUGUUUGUAUUUUGUUGUAGGGCCUCCAAGGACAACAGUAUGCCAAUUACUCAUGGAACCACCCUACUAAAAAAAGACUUAUAAAUAAACAAAUAAAUAAAUAAAUAAACUUUAAUAUGUCCCCCCCAAAAAAAAUCGGACUGAUACAUUCUUGAAAAAGAUGAUAUGUAUAGGAAGGCAAUGCCUAUUGAUGUACUGCAUAUGGUAAAGAAUGGUAUUUGAGUUGAUCGUGAAAGCACUUAAAGACAAACCAUUCCUCUUUAUUUAUGUAAAAUGAUACAUAUUAGAUUGAGACCGAUAAGGUCAAUUUAAAUUAAAUACCCUAAAUAUUUGAUCAAAGCAAUGAACAAUAUACAUGAAUGAUAUAUUUGUAUAUCAAAUAAUCAUGAAAGCUUAACAGUAUUAACAAAAAAGAUGCCACUUAUUAGACAGAUGUUUGUAUUCAGGCAGACAGUGUCAGUGUAAUUCCAGGCCAUGGAAAAUAUAUUUUAUGUCAAUAAAAAGGGGUUCAUUUUUAAUAUGUAUUUUUUAUUACGUCUGAUGAUUGUUAUCCCUGUAAGCAACAGAGAAAUUGUAAACUGUAAAUAAAUAAAUUUCCAAAAAGGUUAUGUCUUUCAUCUCUGUUGUAUGAUCUUCCAUGUAGUCAUUAGAAAUACAGUCUGAUCUUGCUUAGAUGUGCCCCAGAACACAAAGCAUAAAAAUUUAUUGUAAAUUA